AUGAAGUUUCUGCAACGCCUCCUUCCCUUGGCUGUAGCCUUUCUGCCAAUGACCUGUGCACUGUCAGAUCCUGAAAUGAUACAAAGUGUUGAGCUGAAUUCCGACCCCAAGCCACCAUCCUUGAUCUACAAUGAUCCAGUCGGCGGCUCCGGUGGAAAGGACUUUUCAGUCAUCGCCGCACCCUCCGAGACAAUCGAUACCCUCCAUUUCUGGGUCGGAGAUGGCGCUGGUCAACCAAAAGUACUCCGAGGACUCCAAAUCACCUGGUCCGAUAAUCAAAAGAGCACAGUCUACGGAACAACGACCGAUGACUAUCAGUCCUUCAAAUUUGCGCCAGGUGAAAUCAUCAAGGAGAUGCAGAUCGCCAAGGGGAUACGCGCGGAUAGUAUAUCUUUCACAACAACGUCCCGCUCGUUCUUUGCUGGAGGUCACGGAGGGAAGGAAGUUACGAUGAAUGUGGGCAGUGGCAUACUUGUGGGUUUUCAAGGACGCGCGGCGAGAGACAUUGAUCGCCUCGGGCCUAUCUUUGCACAAGUUCAGCCCACUACGUUGAAGGUUGGGCAAUGUAUGGACUGUAGCCAGGAGUGA